AUGGGUAUAUGUUGUAAUAACGGCAUAAAAAGUGAAAAAUAAGAAAUCGAAUUCCAUCCAAAAAAUUUAAAUGCAAAAAUAUUCGACGAUAUUUUAAUUGAUACAAACAGUUAAAAAAAUAACAAUUAAAACACUCAUAAUAAAUUAAAUAAAAGUAAAUAGACUGAACAAAGUUUAGAUAAAGAUAAUUCAACAAUAAAAGAUGAUGACGACGAUGAAGAUAACAAAAGUUAAACAAACGAAAAUGAAGAAAAAGAAGACGAUUAAAAUAAUUUAGAUUUGGAAGGUGUUACAGACACAAAAUUAAUAAAAUUAAUUAAAUUACAUAGACCUAAAUCAGAUAUAGCUAUCAGAAUAGUGGAAAUUCCAGAUUAUAAAACAUAAAAUUCAGCUACAAUUUAUAAUACAUUACCUAAUUUUUAAUAUGAUAAAAAAAAAAUUAAUUUUAAGGAUAUACCCUUUUUAGGCCCUUUUUAAUUCGAAAAUAAAUCUAUAUAUAUUGGUUAGUGGAAAUAUGGAUAAAGACACGGUCAAGGAAUUUAAUAUUGUCCAGAAGGAAGUAUUUAUGAAGGAUAUUGGGAAGAAGAUAUGGCAUGUGGGAAAGGAAGAUUAAUACAUGCAGAAGGAGAUUUUUAUGAAGGCGACUGGAAAAAUGAUAAAGCUAAUGGAAAAGGAUUUUAUAAGCAUUUUAAUGGUGCAACAUAUUAAGGAGAUUGGUUAAAUGAUAAAUAACAUGGUUAUGGUAUUGAAAUAUGGGCUGAUGGUGGAAAAUAUGAAGGGGAAUAUGAAAAUAAUUAAAAGCAUGGCAAAGGAAAUUUUGUUUGGGCAGAUGGUUCUAAGUAUGAAGGGGAAUUUUCUUAUAAUGAUAUUAAUGGUUUUGGAUAAUAUACAUGGAAUGAUGGAAGAACUUAUAAAGGUUAAUGGAAAAAUAAUAAAAUGAAUGGAAAAGGAGAGUUUAAAUGGAGUGAUGGUAGAAAAUAUAUAGGGGAAUAUUUCGAUGAUAAAAAACAUGGAUAUGGUACUUUUGAAUGGGCUGAUGGAAGAAAAUUUAUUGGUACGUGGGCUAAUGGUAAAUAACAUGGUAAAGGUAUUUAUAUAGGGUAAAAUUAAUAAGAAAGGGAAGGGGAGUGGAUAGAAGGAAUUCGUGUAAAAUGGAUAAAAAAAGUUCAUGGUGAAUGA